CUGAAGCUCCGGGCGCGGCCUUUGAAAAAAAUAAAAAAAACGAAACCAAACAAAAACUGUCGUUGAGGAGCCAUGGGGCAGCCGAAGCCCUCCGCCGCCGCGGAAGAACGACAAAGAAAACUCCAGGAGUACUUAGCAGCCAAGGGAAAACUGAAGUGCCACAACACCAAACCUUAUCUAAAAGCCAAGAAUAGUUGCCCGAAUCCUCCACAUUCUAAACCCACUCUUAAACCCAAAAAGGAUCUUACCAACCAUGUUGCUUUGCCUGUCAAAGUUAAAAGGCCUAUCAGCACCAAACUUCAGUCCCGACCUACCAAUCUCACAGGACCCCAGAAGCCAAAAUUGGAACCACCAAAAUCUCUGGGCAAAAGACUGACUUCAGCAUGUGUUUCUUCUAACCCAAACUGUAAGCCUUCCAACAAUUGUCAACAACAUGAAGGCAAGUCAUCCACGAGUAUAUCCACAAGUACAGAGCUAUCACUUAAUACACAUAAAUUAACAACUACAAGGCAGCAAAAACCAGAUCAAGGAGAUACUGAAUGUAUAAACUCUGUGGACAAUGCCCGUGUUGAAAAUAAUUCCCGGGACAACUUUCUGAAAGAGAUGAACAAAGAGAACUUUCCCUGUACCUUAGCAAAUUCUGAGAAGGAGCACCAUGGUGAAUUAUGGACCAUAAGUAAACCAAAGACUAACUCAGAUAAUCCAACCAAGAGCAAUAUAGCUUCUAGACAAGACUUACACAAAAGCUCAGUGAAGAGUACUAUUCUGCAGGACCGAGUUAAUAAACAAUGCCACGUCAGGAUUCUUCCAGCAAAGUCACAACAACUCGCUCGAGAAGCAGAACUUAGAAAACCAGGAGGGAAAACCCAAAAGACAGCUUCCUCUCACUUUGCUCAGGCUGGUAGCAGGGUUCAAGUGAAACCAGCAGUCGCAGAUAUAAAGGCUACAAGGGGUAAAUAUAAAAAAGCAAAUGAAACUAAGUUCCAAACCUACACUGUUACUAAACAGAAAGUAGAAAAUUCCAAGUACAAGACAUGCCCCAAUGUGCUCCAGGGAGAAUAUUGCAAAAGACAUGAACAUAUUAAACAGGACCAUAAGUCCACUCAGUCUAAUGUUAGACCUCAGACAUCAAGUGUACUGCAAAAGUCAAAAGCAAUCAGCCAAAAGCCUAAUUUGGCAAGUGGCAACUUUAAUUCAACACUUCCAAUAACCCCAAGUAUAAGUGUGAAUGGAAUUAAUGGGAAUAAAUUCAACAUCUGCUGUCAGCCAAAAGCACAGACUGUAGAUGCCAGGUUGAAAACAACUCUUCCUCAGAAUCGAUUUCUGAGUAGGACAGCUCCUAGGACUCAAGCAGGUGGCACAGCCUUAAAAGGCAGAGGAUCUCCGCAUGGGACCCAAACAAAUCCAGAUGCUAAAAAGAACACUGCAGUAAAGAAUCGCAGGAAACAGCUAGAAGAAUGGCAGAAAUCUAAGGGGAAGGUCUAUAAACGGCCUCCCAUGGAACUUAAAACAAAAAGAAAAGUCAUAGAAGAAAUGAAUAUUUCAUUCUGGAAGAGCAUGGAGAAAGAAGAAGAAGAAAAAAAAGUUCAACUUGAGCUGUCCAGUAAAAUCAACAGCACUCUGACAGAAUGUCUACAGCUCAUUGAAAGAGGCGUACUUUCUAAUGAGCUAUUUACCAUACUAUCUAGUAUUCCUGAGGCUGAAAAAUUUGCUAAAUUCUGGAUCUGUAAAGCAAAGUUGAUGGCAAGUAAAGGCACUUUUGAUGUUAUUGGAUUGUAUGAAGAAGCCAUUAAAAGCGGGGCAACCCCAAUACAAGAGCUGCGAGAAUUUGUUUUUAAGAUUUUACAGAACCCAAGUGAAAUCACAAAAGCACUUACCAAUGAUAACUCAGUUGCUGAAACUAAUAGAACAUCAAUAGAAGAACUGACAAAGAGGAUGGAAUCUAGAAAGUCUGACCUUUGUCCAGAAGAGAGAGUAGAGGUGACAGCAACACCCACAGUAACCAAGGCAGAGCUGGAUAGCCAUGCUGGUAUUAAAUUACAGGUUGCACCAAUUCCUAGAGUAAAUGGAAUGCCAGAAGUGCAAGACAUGAAGCUCAUCACUCCAGUGCGGCGCUCGGCGAGGAUUGGGAGAGCAGUUUCCCACUACCCAGAAAUGCUACAGGAGCACGACAUGGUAGUGUCAUCACUCGAUGAUCUGCUGGCAGUGGAAGACACAGAGUAUUUCAUAUUCCGCAAAAAUGAGGCCUUGCCUGUAACAUUAGGUUUUCAAACACUGGAAUCUUAAUUUCUUGACACUAUAUUUUUAGGAAAGAUCUGAAAUGCCUUUUUUCCAUAAGAUGCUUGCCCAAACAACCUGAAAGAAAUGAAGUAGCAGAAGCAUUUUGAUUGCAGAUGAUGGGCAGUAAAGAUUCAGAAAGGAACUCACUGAACUUAUUCUCAAAGUUUAUGACCGC